AUGGGUGUUGAUGGUGAUCCUCCUAUUGUUGUUGUUCGCCAGGGGAAGCUUUGCCGUUUGGCGCCUCAGGACGCGAUUGGUCCCAGGGCCUUGAACUUGAGGAAUACGCGUCAGUACACAUAUUUCGGUGCGCUGCUCUCGGCCGUUAGCAGCAUAGCAGCCGCGAGUUCUCCCUUGGCUCAAAAAUGGGUGGAAGGAUCUAUAUAUGUCUGUUUCUUCGCAAAUUAUGACGGUUCGCUGUGCCAGGCCUGUGAUUCUUUCAAGUACUGUGGAGGGUCAUGGACAGGUAUUAUGGACAAGCUAGACUACAUCCAAGGUCUUGGAUUCACUGCUGUUCAAAUAUCGCCUACUGUGGAAAAUAUUCCCCAAAACACCAAAUACGGGAAGCGUAUCACGGCUACUGGUCCCAAAAUAUGCCUUUCUUGA